UCACAUUUCAGUUUGGGAUUAAAUUUUUCUUUUUGUGGAAAAAAAUGACUAAUUAAUAAUUAUCAUAAAAUUCAGAAAUCAACGAGUGAAUGAGAACGUUUUACUAAGAUCAAUAUUAGGUACUAGUGCUGAUUUUUAUUCAAUUACGCUGGCGUUAAAAUCUUGUGCAGCUAUUGUGAUCGGAUUCCAUCUAUCGGUUUCACCGUCCUUCUCCUUUUCAUAUCAGUUACAUUUCAAGUGAAACAUGGGUCAAUCAAAACGAUUUUGGAGAAUUGUGGCAGGCGCAUCAGCUUUCACGUUUGGAACUGCUGCAACAAGUUUAUACAUACUGUCAGAAGGACACACGGAAAAAUUUUACAACAGAUUCAUACUUCCAGUACUCCAUCGCAUGGAUCCUGAACUUUCACAUAAAGUUGCUAUUUUUGCCAUGAACGCGCUCUUCUUUCCUCCGUCACGUUAUGCAGAUCCCGUGUCACUUCGAAGUCAAAUUGAGCAUUUAAAGUUUGAUAAUCCCGUUGGAUUAGCCGCUGGUUUUGAUAAAAAUGGCGAAACAUUGUACAAUUUGCUACAAUUUGGAUUUGGAUUUAUUGAAAUCGGCUCCAUUACACCUCUGCCUCAAGAAGGGAACAAAAAACCAAGAGUGUUCCGACUUCCAGAGGAUAAAGCCAUUAUCAAUAGAUAUGGGUUUAAUAGUGAUGGACAUUCUCGUGUACACAUGAAUUUGAGAAUACAGGAUGGCCGUCAAGAUUUUAAUAACGCUACGCUCGGUGUCAACCUCGGUAUGAACAAAAAUUCCAAAGAUCCUAUUGAUGAUUACGUGAAGGGUGUAAGAAGAUUUGCCGAAUUUGCCAGCUACUAUGUUAUAAAUCUUUCCAGUCCUAAUACUCCUGGUCUGAGAGACUUGCAACGAAGGCAAGAAUUGGAAAAAGUUUUAUCGGCAGUGGUCAAAGCUAGAAAUGAAAUAUGGCUCGAAUGCAAACCUUUACUUUUUUUGAAAUUGUCGCCUGAUCUUACAACAGAAGAAAAAGCAGAUAUUGCAUCUGUCAUUGCAUUAGACCAUUGUAAAAUUGAUGGUCUGAUCAUUUCCAAUACAACAGUUCAGAGAGAUCGUACUUUAAAAAGUCCAAAUAAGAAAGAAUACGGCGGCUUGAGCGGACUUCCAUUGAAACAACGUAGUACUGAAAUGAUAGCUGAAAUGUACAAAUUGACGAAAGGUACUGUUCCUAUCAUCGGAGUUGGUGGUAUAUUUACCGGAGAAGAUGCUUUUGAAAAAAUUAAAGCUGGAGCUAGUUUGGUUCAAAUUUACACUUCGUUUGUAUACCAUGGAGCACCAAUUGUAACCAAAAUUAAAGAAGAAUUAGUGGAAUGCUUGAAGAGAGAAAAUUAUUCCAGUAUUUCCGAAGCUGUUGGAAAAGGAGUCGAAUUAUGAUGUCCAAGACAUGCAUUAUGAAUGCAGUGAAUAUUUUCGAGAAUAAAAUGUGUCCGUUGCUCAGAGUUUUUUUGUAAACGUACCUACAGUUAGAAUUUUACGCCUAUUGUUUUUUUACUUAAAAAAUGAAUUUAAAAAUGAACAA